GUGGACAGAAAAACACUAUGUUAAAAUGUAGAUAAACUUCUGGCAAUAAUUUUUGCUCGCCUUUCUCUAAAAUGGCCCACCAUUUACUCAGGACUUUUGAGGUUUCAAACCCAAGAAAGUCUUACGCUGGGCCUACUGUUUACCGGAUUUCUUGUAAGGUGACUCAGCAAGGAAAUCAACCUGAAGUUGUUGAUGAGUUAAUAGUGUGGAGAAGAUUCAGUGAAUUCAAAAAACUACACAAAGAUCUUUCUAAGUUUUACAGUAAACUCGGCCACAACAACCUACUUCCUUCACUCCCAAGAGCAACUUAYUUUGAUCGAUUUGAUGAAAGAGUUAUCGAGGAAAGAAGACAAAAUAUUCUAAGUUUUCUACACUUUGUAUCUGAGGUACCACAGCUAGUUGAACAUGAGUGCCUGGACAGGUUUUUGGGGGGAGGAGUGUAUACUCCUACAAGCACWAGCUCCUCCAGAACAUCAAGCUUUUCAGGCAGUGAAGGCGAUUCUUCAGAGAUUCAUAAAAAUAUACGUGUAAGUCCUCCAGAAUCUGUCCAAGAGUCAGAACAAGGAAGAGACUCAAGCGAGGAUAUUCCACACGGUGGAUUUCUGGAGCUUGGUGGCGUAUGGCUGUGCAAGCAACCGUCCUUAGUUGAUGGACUGGACUCAGCAGGCAAUGAUGAUCCAGUACCAGAUCAAACACCCACUUUUAUACAAAGAUCUUUGUCAUUUGAAGAGAGCAACGAGGACAAUGUAUUUACAAGUAAUGAAACUGAACAAGAUAGCUCAAGUAGUGGAGAAGAGGACGAAGAAGAAGAGGACGAAGAAGAAGAGGAUGAAGAAAGAACCUCUGGUUGGCUACAACGAGCAAUAUCCUUAUGUAGCGAAGGAGAAGACAUUGAAACAUUGGCUUCUGAAGCUGAAAACAGUGAUUACAUAAAUGAUCUUAGCUUUCCAAGACCUUUCUCAGAUGCUGAGAAUGAUGAAACAAGUUGUAGUGAGUCAGACACAAGCAGGGACUUCACGGAGUCUCAAGAAAAUAAUACAUCUCUAAAUGAUUCCAAUUCAACUGAAAGUAAUAUUACAACAACGCAAUCUUCGGAUGCAGUGAAAUCCGCUUCGUCCUCUCAGAUCACAACGACAUGUGAUCAAACAACUUCRCAAAARYAUGAACCUUGUAGAUUUUUACCUCARCAACCGAGCUUUGACUGUACUGUGGAAGACUAUCUUGUUGCWGCWGCGAGUAUUGUCAGGGAUGCGUUGAGCUGCGAACUUGAUGGCCAAUACAAAGAAUCWUUUCAUUUAUACAAAAAAUGUGUCAGUUUAUUACUACAUGGAGUACAAGAAGAGAAAGAUAGCAAACGACGUGAUGCCGUGCGUCGCAAAACAGCGCAAUAUCUUCUUAAAGCAGAAGCCCUGUAUACAGCAUAUAUCCACGAAGAUAACAAGGUACCAGAAAGUACCCAAACAGUCUCACCAAUUUCUGGUGAGAUAGAUGGAAACAGCGAAGAAGACAUACCUAUCUCAACCCAAUUACAGCUUGCUGAGUUUUCGGUCAUUGGUAUUAUAGGAAAGGUCAUUCUUGUGGAGAAAAAAACAGACAAAACAACCUAUGUUAUCAAGGUCUUUCCAAAGACUGAAGGGCAUCAUUCUAGACAUAAACAUAAGCGAUCAAAACGAAGAAGGCACUUCCUAAGAGCAGCUUAUUCCAAAUGCCCAUUCUUAGUUGAACUUCACCAACAUUGCGARACAGAUACAGCAGUCUUCCUGUUACUAGAACAUGCUAGAGGAGGCCUGGUACGGGAUCACUUACUCCCAGUCCUCCACCAUCAAGACAAYAGCAAGAGCCAAUCAUAUGUCCACAAUUUACGAGAAUCUGAACGUAAUAAAACACAAAACACUUUAAACAAUCAGWCUACACUUGAUAAACUUGGCGAUGAUAUAAAAGAAGAGAAGAAAUUGAACCUGUCCACCCUGGAUAAUAACAGAGUGAGACCAUCUAGUUUGGAAUCKUGUGUUCGGGUUUGGRUGGCGGAAAYCGUUUUAGCUGUGGCACACCUUCAUAAGCAUGGCGUCAUAUGCAGAGAUUUGAACCCCAAGAAUGUGCUUUUGAGUGACAGCGGUCACGUGCUUUUGACUCAUUUUAGCAACUGGAAUGAUGUAAACGAAGAGGUGGACUUGUUUUCCUUGGAGUUGRAUUACUGUGCACCAGAACUGUUUAGAAUUGGAGGAUUGACAAAAGACGCGGACUGGUGGAGUGUUGGUGCAUUGUUCUUUGAAAUGAUUGUGGGCGAGACGUUAGCAAGUCAUUACCCAUGGGGCAUCCGGCUGCACACACAAAUACAGAUAUCCGGCUGCGUAUCGGCCGAGGCUGAAUCACUAAUUAAACAGCUCCUUGUUGUGACUCCCUCGGAAAGACUGGGUCAUGGUGUAAAUGGCGUUGAUGACAUCAAAACACAUCCCUUCUUUUCUGGUAUUAACUGGAAAACAUUGCAUAAAUCUAUCCACCAAAGACCAACGUAACAGAUACCUACACACCCACCCGUCCCAUAGUUUAAAUUUGCACCCUUCCAGUAACGAAGUGAUUUUUUUCAUAAAACGAAUUCGUCAAAUGACUGAUACCUUAUUUCGACGAGAGGCUCUUUCUUUUCUGUUGUUUUGGCGCGAAAGAGUUUAAAAUCAUCGAGGAUCUGGUCUCUGAAACAUCGGUCAAUGAUGAAUAAUUAUACAAUUCCGCAACAAGUGGAUUCACUGCAACUUUUUSAAAAUUUUAUGGCGAGACGUCAAGAGUGUUUCAAUAAGGGGACAUACAACGAAAAAACGUUUUUACCAAAUCAUUAGUCUAAAAAUUAGCGAAAAUUAUUCAUUUCUUUUAACUGAGCAAGCGCGUUCAGACCUGAUGGUGAUCUCCUCUUACUGACAUACUUUAAUCAGCCAAUCAGCGCGCAAGAAUUCACACGAGUGUGGCAAAAAGCAAAUUUUGAGCGCAUGCAUGUAUAUAAAAUCAAAUAGUUUAUAAUUCGUAUUUAAUAUUAGGUUUAGAUAUUAUUCGGAUAUUAUUUCCAGAAAACAAUUAAURAAUAGCCAAUAAUUUUAAUAUAAAGCUUGUAAGAUACAUCGAUGUAAGCUUUKACAAAUAAAACAAUACUGAUCAUGUCCUCUAA